AUGACAAAAGGUACUCAAGCCUUCGGUAAACGCCACAAUAAAACUCACACCUUGUGCCGUCGUUGUGGAAAAUCUUCAUACCAUAUCCAAAAGCACACAUGUGCUGCAUGUGGAUAUCCAUCAUCCCGUAAACGUACCUACAAUUGGUCAGUUAAGUCUAUUCGCAGACGUACCACAGGAACUGGACGCAUGCGUCAUCUUAAAAAAGUCCACGCCAGAUAUGCUAAUGGAUUCCGUUCUGGAGCACCACAAAAAGCUACCGUAAAGGCUGAAUAA